GGCGUUGGGAGCCCGGGCGUGGGUGGGGCUGGGGCCCGAGAGAAGCCCGGGUGGCUGCCCAGGCGGCCCGGCUGCCCAGCGGUCUCCCGCCCACCGGGUGGCCGGCGCUCAGGCGCUUUCGGGGGCCUCAGUGAGGACCAUUCGGGAUCCUGGCACGUGUGUUGUUUGUUAAACUCGCUGCAGACUCGCCGCCAUGGAUGCUCUGUUGGAAGCGAACGGCACGUUUGCCUUGACCCUUCUGAAACAUCUGGGUGAAGACAGCUCGCAAAAUGUGUUUAUCUCACCCAUCAGCAUCUCCUCUGCCCUGGCCAUGGUCCUCAUGGGGGCACAGGGAGACACCGCGGCCCAGAUGUCCCAGGCACUUUCUCUAAGCAGAAGCAGCGGCGGAGGUGGAGACGUCCACCAGGAUUUCCAGAACCUCCUCACCGAAGUUAACAGGACCGGCACACAGUACUUGCUCAGAACCGCCAACAGGCUCUUUGGAGAGAAGACUUAUGAUUUCCUCCCAUCUUUCAAAGAUGCCUGCCGCAAGUUCUACCAAGCGGAGAUGGAAGAGCUGGACUUUAUCAGCGCUGCGGAGGAAUCCAGGAAACACAUAAACACCUGGGUGGCCCAAAGGACAGAAGGAAACAUUAUAGACCUGCUGUCUCCAGGUUCAGUGGACUCCAUGACUUCUCUGGUUCUCGUGAACGCCAUCUACUUCAAAGGAAACUGGGAGAAUCAGUUUAACAAACAGCACACCAAGGAAAGGCCGUUCAAAGUCAGCAAGAAUGUGGAGAAGCCUGUGCAAAUGAUGUUUAAGAAAUCCACUUUUAAGAUGACCUACAUCGAAGAGAUAUCCACGAAGAUUCUCGUGCUUCCCUACGUCGGCAGCGAGCUCAGUAUGAUCAUCAUGCUUCCCGAUGAAAGCACCGAUUUGAAAACGGUGGAAAAGGAACUCACUUAUGAGAAAUUCGUCGAGUGGACGAGGCCGGACCUGCUGGAUGAGGAGGAGGUGGAGGUAUCCCUGCCCAGGUUUAAGCUGCGGGAGAGCUACGACCUGGAGGGCGUGCUCCGCGCCCUGGGCGUCACCGACGCCUUCGAGGGCGCCAGGGCCGACUUCUCCGCGAUGUCGGCCCAGAGCAACCUGUGCCUGUCCCGGGUCGUGCACAAGGCCUUUGUGGAGGUCGACGAGCAGGGCACGGAGGCGGCCGCCGCCACCGCCGCAGUCCUGAUGCUGCGCUGCGCCAGGAUCACCCCCAGGUUCUGUGCCGACCACCCUUUCCUCUUCUUUAUCCAGCACAGCAAGACCCGCGGGCUUCUGUUCUGCGGCCGGCUCAGCUGCCCGUGAGGAGGCGGCGGCCGUGGGCAGCCCCGCUGGGUCCUGCCGGCCCGCUUUCCUGGGUGCUCCGUGACGCGGCUGCGACCCAAAGUGGCCUUGGCGACAGUCCAGAAAUAAAGGGGCUGAUCGAGAAGGCCUGUGUCUGUGUGUUCGCAUGUCCCGUGCCCCCUAGGACCUGCAUUGCCAUUCGGGGGAGGGCGGUCACGCCCGGCAAGUGCCCCUGCUCUGAGGGGCGCCCCUCGCCCUCCACGUCCAGGCCCUCAGGGAGCGCAGGUGCUUCCUCCCUCCUCUGCUCAGGGGCCCCUGUUUGCGAGAGAACAGAGGGAAGCAGAGGCUGCGGCAGCCACGGGGAGCAGGCUGCAGAGACCCUCAGCGGGGUUCUGUUCCAAGAACCCCGCUGUUGUGAGCCCUCCAGAAACCAGCAUAGAGGUGGGGAGAGCCAGUGACCCAGACCCGUGAGAAGUCAGUCCCAUUUCCCGCUGUGUCUGCACUUCGAGGGGUCUGCGGUCACAGACCUCUUCAGAUGCACAGCCACCCACUUUCCCUGAAAAUGCUUAAUUGCCACCAGGGGCCAGAGACGAGCAGACAAGUCCUGUUCACAGUAGCGGAAGAGUUUAAGACCGCUUUACGGAUACACGCCAGGUGACUUUCUAUCCUGCUGCAAGUACUAGAGAUAAAGAGGGGGCUAAGGUUUCUGCGGCCACUUGUGUUACCUGCUGGAGACGCGAUCCCGGCUCUCAGCUGACGCUGUGGUUCAGGUGGAGAGCUGUGCCGUGUUCCAGGCCAGCCACCAGGCCUCCUCCGCUGCCCUGACUGCCAUCAUUAGGAGCUGGGCUCCCGCUAACAUGACGAUGUGAUGCAUAUUUCAUUCUGCCUCCAGUCUGCUUUCCCUGUUGAGCCCAAGCCAGCGACUUAGCCGUGGGGAGAGACAGACUGAGGAGACGUUGCCAUUUUGAGUGGGAUGUGUGAGAAGGGGAAGGGCCGUGUCGUCAGCGCCAUCUCCCUGCCCCGCACAGCUCUGUUUGUACCUGCGGCGUGUAGCGCAGUGGUCUGACCAUCCAGGUAUCGAGGCAUCUGUCCUUCCUUUCCCUGGAUGAGAACCCUCGGGCCCAUCAGCAGGAAGUUGUGAAAACGAACGCAGUGGUCCCGUCUGUCGCAGACCUAUAAUACAGGUAGACCUCUGCCAGGUGAAGUCCUAACACACGUGGAAUAAACCAUGUGCUGCUGCUCGAAGGGGCUCUUGGGUCCCGCUGAGUUGUUCCACUUUGUCUGUCGGUCAAAUGGCCUUUGAAAAGUUAUCCCCCAACGUAUGAUUUUAGUAAAAGGCACAGCCGCCUGAAUAACGCUCCCACGUCUUUUAUGAAAUCCCACCAGAAGACAGUUCCAUUACGUUGUGCAGUGUUUCUUGUAAGGACCUAGAGAAUGAAAUCCUCCCGGGAUUUAAGUCUGGGAGAGAGCUGGUCUCGCCCCUCACAAGUGUUUACUGAGCACCUGCUUAGCAUUGACGAUUUUACUUAAUCCUCAGCAAGGAGUAAGCCCGGGGGGCUCUGAGGUCCAGGGGGCGCCAAGUAACUUGAACAAACUCUUGCAGCUGGCCAAGAGGUAGAGCCAAGGUCUCAGGCCAGUACUGACAGCUCCACAUCUGGCCUUUCAGAGGGGCCACAGGACCACGGUCACAGAGGGGUCCAGGCAGGGGAUUCGUGGAGGCCCAGGGCCUGUAGGCAGUGGCUGGACGCCAGAGCCUGGGUGGAAGGGGAUGGAGAAGGGGGGCUUGUGCGCAAGAUGACCCUAAUCUCACACUGACUAGUGGGCAGCACGGGGCCGGGGCCCCAGGACUUGCCUAGGGCCUCCCUGCCAGGUGGGGACGGGGAACAGGGAGGGGUUGGGGAGUCCCGGGAAGGGCGGGCACAGGAGCUGGGGUUUGGGUGCCCCUGCAGAGGGCUCUGGGGUCUGUGCCCAGCUGGACUCCCUCACUGGGGUUUCAAAAGGCCUGUCCACAGUGACAGGACAGAGCAUCGGGCCGUUGGGACCAUCGCGAGCACUGAGCCAAAAUCCUCUUGGGUCCCGGGUGAGUAGAAAAGCUGCAAAAAAAAUUAAACAACUUUUUGAGGAAACUUCACACUGUUCUCCAUAGUGGCUGCACCAAUUUACACUCCCACCAACAGGGCAGGAGGGUUCCCUUUCUCCACACCCUCUGCAGCGUUUAUUCCUUAUAGACUUCGAUGAUGGCCAUUGAGAGAUGUACUUUUAAACCCCAUCCACCCACUUUGCUGCACCCCUUCCCCACUUCCGGUAACCGCCAAUCUGUGUAUCCAGGAGCUUGGUGUUCUUUCUUUGUUUUUGUUAUUUUAGAUUCCACACGUAAGUGAGGUCACACAGUAUUUGUCUUUCUCUGUCUAAUUUACUUCACUUAGCAUAAUGCUCUCAAAGCCUGUCUUGUUAGAAAUAGCGGGAUUUCCUUCUUUUCACGGCUAAGUAAUAUUCUAUUGUAUAUGUACCACAUUUUCUUUAUCCAUUCAUCCAUCUUGUUUCCAUGUCUUGGCUAUUAUAAAAAAUGCUGCAGUGAAGAUAGGGGUGCAGGUAUCUUUUUGGCAGUAAUUUCCUUUCCUGCAGAUAAAUACCCAGAAUUGGAAUUGCUGGGUCAUAUGGUAGUUCUAUUUUUAAUUUUUUUGAGGAACCUCCAUACUGUUUUCUAUAGUGGCUGCACCAACUUACAUUCCCACCAACAGUGCUCAAUGAUUCCCCUUUCCCUAUAUCCUUGCCAAUACUUGUUAUUUCUUGUCUUUUUGAUAAUAGCCAUUCUAAAGGUGUGGGGUGCUAUCUCCCUGUGGUUUUGAUUUGCGUUCCCUGAUGAUCCGUGAUGCUGAGCACCUUUCCAGAUACCUAUUGACCAUCUGUGUGUCUUCUUUGGAAAAAUGUCUAUUGAGAUCCUCUGCCCAUUUUUUAAUCAGACUGUUUGUAUUAUUAUUAUUAUUUUGCAAUUGAGUUGUGUAAGUUCUUCAUACAUUUUGAAUAUUAACCCCUUAUGAAAUAUGUGAUUUUCAAAUAUUUUUCUUCCAUUCCAUAGGUUGUCUUUUCGUUUUUCUGGUGGUUUCUUUUGCUGUAUGGAAACUUUUUAGUUUGAUGUAGUCCCACUUGUUUAUUUUUGGCUUUUGUUGCCUUUGCUUUUGGUGUCAGUUCCAAAAAAUCAUUGCCGAGACCAAUGUCAAGGAGCUUACCACCUAUGUUUUCUUCUAGGAGUUUUAUAAUUUCAGGUCUUAGGUUCAAGCCUUUAAUCCAUUUUAAGUUAAUUUCUGGGUAUGGUGUAAGGUAGUGGUCUAGUUUCCCCAACACCAUUUAUUAAAGAGACUAUCCUUUCCCUAUUGUAUAUUCUUGGCUCCUUUGUUGUAAGGGAACCAUAUAUCUGUGGGUUUAUUCCUGGGCUCUCUAUUCUGUCCAUUGAUCUAUGUGUCUGCUUUUAUGCCAAUGUUAUACAGUUUUGAUUACCACAGCUUUGUAAUAUAGCUUGAAAUCAGAAAGUGUGAUGACUCCGGCUCUGUUCUUCCUCGGGAUUUGUUUCGCUAUUCAGUGUCUUUCGUGGUUCCAUACAAAUUUAGGAUUGUUUGUUCUUUUUCUGAGAAAAAGUGCCAUUGGGAUUUUGACAGGGAUUGCAUUGAAUCUCUAGAUUGCUGUGGGUAGUGUGGACAUUUUAACCAUAUUAAUUCUUCCAAUCCAUGAGCAUGGAAUGUGUUUUCAUUUAUGUAUCUUCUGCAGUUUCUUUCAUCAGUUACAGUUUUCAGUGGACAGGUCUUUCACCUCUUUGGUGACAUUUAUUCCCAGGUAUUUUAUUCUUUAUGAUGCAAUUGUAAAUGGGACUGUUUUCUUACUUUCUCUUUCUGAUAAUCUGUUAUUAGUGUUUAGUUCCAUUCAGGGACCUUGCUGAGGACUGUAGCUUGGGAGACUGCCUCUCAGAAGCUUCGAGGGAAGUUUUCUGAAGAGGGAGGGGAAGAGAUGUUUUCUAAACAAUUUUUGGCUACAGGGAAUGCAUGCAGUAAGCACACAUCUUGGUGAAAGUCACGAAGAACAGAUAUUUCGAGCUAAUGAUUUUAGUGCUUUUCUCUGUGUGGGAGAUGCAGGAAUCUGGGGUCGUUACAAUUCUUCCUGAGGUAUGUGUCUAUCUAGGGGGCCAGUUUUCCAAAGCACAGAGUGCCCACCCCGCUUUCCCCCUGAGCCCCUCUCAGGGUGCACGGUGCUGGGUCGGCCAGGGGUGCAGUGUCUGACGAUUUAACCCUUGUAGACUUGGUGGGGAGCAAGCUCCCUGUUCUUUAUUUGCACCCUUCUCCCUGCAGCCCGCGGUCCCUAGGCUCCAGCACUGGUCUGCAGACAGGCUCCCAGCUGCUCUUCCUAAAACUCCAAAGUGCUCACCUCCAACUUGGAUUAAACUCUGCCUGGCCUUCCAGGUGGCAGAUCAAAGGGCCGCGUUGGUGUCAGCACAUCUCUUGCAGGAAACCAUGCAGACUCCCUUCUGGCCACCCCAGGCCAGAAGACGCAGAGUGCUGGCUCCCUGGCAGCUUGUACUCACCUACCUGGCACCACCGGGGGUCUGAGCUCCAGGUCAGGACCUAUGGCAUCUAGCUUUCAUUUUCUUCCCCUUAAACAUAUAAGGAGAGUUCUGCGUGUGCUCUUUAUUCAAACUUCCCCAUAAGUUUGUAUUCUACGUCUGUGAGUCUGUUUCUCUUUUGUAACUAAGUUUGUGUCCUUUUUUAGAUUCCACAGGUAAGUGUGUCAACUGAAAAAAUACGCACAACCUAAAAGUCGAGAGUUAUGUUUUAUUGGGCGGAAAUGUUUAGGACUUAAGCCCGGGAGCCAGCAUCUCGAGUAACCCUGGGAGAACUGCAAGGCAAGGAGAGACCAGACGUGGGCAACCGCGAGGGACUGACAGCAGUUAAAACGUGAAGCUGAGAUGGACGGGAUCCUGCAGCUCAGCCCCUUACCUGUUGGACAGGACGAUCUCACAUGUACGCGCACAUAUGCACACACACGGGCACACGCACGCACACACCGGCCCAGGUCUGUGCCUGCCUCAUCCAGGUGGCAAGGCGCUCACGCUCAGGUAGGUCAAUGCACGUUCUGUUUGUGUCUCUGUCAUCUCUAUUUUGCUGAAUCCUCUCCCUCUUUGGGUCUCUUUAGUUGCUGUCACACAGCUGGUGGGCCCAGUGCUUCCAGUUUGACUAUGCCUCUCUGGCCCCAGCCCUUUAUUUCCUGAAGUAUCUUCCAGUGUAAGGUGAGGUGGGAGUUCCCAGGGCCCUCAGGCCAGCCUUCCAGUUGCUGCAACACCCUCUCCCCAACCCCGUACAGGCCCCGCUCACCCCGAGCAGCCAGGGGCUCCAGAGAGGCUUAGUGACCCGAGGACACCGAGGAGCUGACUGAUUACUGGCGGGCGCAGCCGUGCAAACAGUGCCGCCAUUGUGCUCUCUUGGUUGACAUUUACACACACUUCUGUAAAACUUAAAACAAUUUGCACUGGUUUGGGCUGCUGUUAUAUAUUUAGAGAGUGGCCUUUACACUUUAUUUUUCUAAUGUGAGACACUCCCUCUCAAACUAUUUUAGGAGGAAGCUUAAAAUAAAACAUUGAACAGCGGAGAUGCUCUGGUUGAAACAGUUGUGCCCCAGCCCCCAGUCGUACCUGUCCAGCUCUGCUCUCCUCCCAUGCUGCCCCCAGAGAUGCAGAAGGCCCUCCCCAGGCUUAAAGGAGCAGUUCCAAAACUGCAGUGCCAAGCGCCUUGCUGUCCACGGGGAAACUAGAAGAAAGAUCAGAUGACGAUCCAUCUGCUUAUGAAAACGAAUCUAUAACAGUACGGCAGUUCCUCAAAAAAUUAAACACAGAAGUACCGUGUGAGCCACAAUUCCACUUCUGGGUAUGUUCCCAGAAGAAUUAAAAGCAGGGUCUUAAAGAGAUAUCUGGGGCUUCCCUGGUGAUGCAGUGGUUGAGAAUCCGCCUGCCGAUGCAGGGGACGUGGGUUUCUGCCCCGGUCCGGGAAGAUCCCACAUGCCGCAGAGUGGCUGGUCCCGUGAGCCAUGGCCGCUGAGCCUGCGCGUCCGGAGCCUGUGCUCUGCAACGAGAGGGGCCACAACAGUGAGAGGCCCGCGUACCACAAAAAAAAAAAAAAAAAGUAAAAGAGAUAUCUGUGCACCCGUGUUCAUAGCAGCAUUAGUUGCAAGAGCCAAGAGGUGGAAGCAACCCAUGUGUCCUUCAAACGAUGAAUGGGUAAACAAAAUGGAGUCUACACAUACAAUGGAAACUCAUUCAGCCUUAAGAAAAGGAAGGUGAAUCUGACACUGGCUGUAACGUGGAUGAACCUUGAGGACAUGAUGCUCAGUGAACUAAGCCGGUCACAAAGGACAAACACUGUGUGAUUCCACCUAUGUUAGUAUGUAGAGUAGUCAAAUCCAGAGACGGAAAGUCGAGGCUGGUUUCCAGGGGCUGGGGAAAGGGAAAUGGGGAGUAAGUUUUUUUUUUUUUAAAUAAAUUUAUUUAUUUAUUUUUGGCUGCAUUGGGUCCUGGGUGCUGCGUGCAGGCUUUCUCUAGUUGCGGCGAGCGGGGGCUACUCUUCGUUGUGGUGCGCGGGCUUCUCAUUGCAGUGGCUUCUCUUGCUGCAGAGCACGGGCUCUAGGCGCGUGGACUUCAGUAGUUGUGGCACGUGGGCUCAGUAGUUGUGGCAUGUGGGCUCUAGAGCAUAGGCUCAGUAGUUGUGGCAUGUGGGCUUAGCUGCUCCGCGGCAUGUGGGAUCUUCCCGGACCGGGGCACGAACCCGUGUCCCCUGCAUUGGCAGGCGGACUUUCAACCACUGCGCCACCAGAGAAGUCCCGGGAGUUAGUUUUUAAUGAGGACAGAUUGUAAGUUUUGCAGGAUGGAAAGACUUCUGGAGAGGUUGGAGGUGAUGGUUGCACAACACUGGGAAUGUACUUAAUGCUACAGUGUCUCAAACUGUAUACUUUCAAUGGUUAAGGUGAUAAAUUUUGUUAUGUGUAUUUUACCACAAUCUAAAAAAAUAAAAAAUAAAUGAAUCUGUG